UUGCUCGCAGCGCAUAAUACGUUUCUAUGGACCAAAGAGCUGCAUUCUAUUUGGCGGGUCUAUCUUCAGCGCUAGCUGUUGUGCUGGUUGUCUUUGCAGCUGUAUUCUUGUGGAAGCGGAGAAAAGGUUCUAUCUUGGUGUCAAGGACGGCACAAGACAAGGACAAGGCGCCUCAUAGGAGAAGCGUACCUUGCGAAUCCACAAUUCCCCUUGCAUCGCGUACAGGCGACAAACCUGCGCAUAGAUCUGCAUCCCUUUCCCGUCCUCAACCGGAGCAGACUGGGCUCCGCUCAGGCAAAUCGGACCCUUCCACCCCAAAAUCCUUUCCUGCAAGUCCCUCUUUCCGGACGAUUCUCGCGACGAGAUCGUGCGAAUCUCUCCUUCAACUUCCAAGUCCCGCAGUGGAGACUUGGACGUUGGACAUUUUAGACGCACAGCCAUCCCGAUCAGACUCAACUAUAAACGUCACGACAACACCGAGCCUUCCACGACGCGUGCGCCAGCAACCUACGCAAGAAAAUUUAAAUGAUUCGGGGGUCCCACUAGAGUCGGAAUCCUUGAGGGAUAGUUUAGGGCAGCAGUUUGGAACGAUGAUAACGGCACCAACUUCCAAUGGAUCGAAAUGAGAUAUUCACGGCUGUUGACAAUUUUAGAUAUUUAGAGAGUUGAUACAAGUUUAGAGAUUGUUUUAUACGUAAUAUUUUGGAGUUUACCCCCCAG